AGCCCCGGGCCGGGGCGGUGCGGGGCUGGGUGCGCGCCCCGCGGCCGGAAAGAAACGGAACCGGUACCGGGAGGGGGACAGGGCUGCGCGUUCGCCCCGAGCCUCGCGUCCCUCCCGCGCGCGAUCCCCGUCCUGCUGCCUGCCCUGGCUGUCCCCUCCCGCGGUUCCCCUGUCCCCAACCUCCUGGAUGCUGCUGCAUCCAUCCCCAUUCCGUGCUUUUGGCCCCAAAUCCGCCUCUCCGCGGGCGUUCUGGGAGCUUGCUCGGGCUGUUCCCCGAGAGAGCGUGACCGUUUUGUUAAAAACAUCUUUCGUUCGCCCUUGACGGCGCUGCCCGGGCGGUAAAUGCUGUUAACACUGAAAGCCCCAUUAGGCAGCGGUGCUGCCUCAUUAGCAAACACCUGCGAGACCGCAGAGCGGUCACAGCAGCUCAUUAAUGACAAGGACACAGGGCCAGCCCGUCCUGGGAUGCGCGGAGGUGCUUUAUCCACCGGGAGAUGGGAUGACGCUUUGUGGGUCUCACUUUAUGCUCUCCAGCUCCCCUGAUGCUGUUUUGGGGUGGUUUUGGUUGUUUUUUGGGGUUUUUUUUUUUGCAGCAUGGGCUUCCUACAUGACCAACUCACCGACGCUGAUUGUGAUGAUCGGGCUGCCUGCCAGGGGCAAGACCUACAUGUCCAAAAAGCUCACCCGCUACCUCAACUGGAUCGGGGUGCCCACCAAAGUGUUUAAUUUAGGGGUGUAUCGGCGUGAAGCGGUGAAAUCCUACAAGUCCUACGAUUUCUUCAGGCACGACAAUAAAGAGGCCAUGGAAAUCCGCAAACGCUGUGCCCUGGUGGCUCUGGAAGAUGUGAAGUCUUAUCUCUUGGUGGAGUGUGGGCAAAUAGCCGUGUUUGAUGCGACCAACACGACUCGGGAGCGCCGGGACCUGAUCUUAAACUUUGCUAAGGAAAACGCUUUCAAGGUGUUUUUCGUGGAGUCUGUCUGUGAUGAUCCAGAGGUCAUCGCUGCCAAUAUCCUGGAGGUGAAAGUUUCCAGCCCUGACUACCCAGAGAGGCACAGGGAGAAUGUGAUGGAGGAUUUCCUGAAGAGGAUUGAGUGCUACAAGGUCACCUACCAGCCUCUGGACCCAGAUGCUUAUGACAAAGAUCUUUCCUUCAUUAAAGUGAUCAACGUGGGCCAGCGGUUCCUGGUGAACCGAGUGCAGGACUACAUCCAGAGUAAAAUUGUCUAUUACCUGAUGAACAUCCACGUCCAGCCCCGCACCAUCUACCUGUGCCGCCACGGCGAGAGCGAGCACAACCUCCUGGGCAGGAUUGGAGGGGACUCGGGGCUCUCACCCCGGGGCAAGCAGUUUUCCCAGGCUCUGAAGAAGUUCAUUGAGGAGCAGGAGAUCGUGGACCUGAAGGUGUGGACCAGCCAGCUGAAGAGGACAAUCCAGACAGCAGAGUGCCUGGGGGUGCUCUAUGAGCAGUGGAAGAUCCUCAAUGAGAUUGAUGCUGGGGUCUGUGAAGAAAUGACCUAUGCAGAAAUUGAGGCCAAGUAUCCAGAGGAGUUUGCCAUGAGGGAUCAGGAGAAAUAUCUCUAUCGUUAUCCUGGAGGGGAGUCCUACCAGGACUUGGUGCAGCGUCUGGAGCCAGUAAUUAUGGAGCUGGAAAGGCAAGGAAACGUCCUGGUUAUCUCCCACCAGGCAGUUAUGAGGUGCCUCCUGGCUUAUUUUCUUGACAAGAGUGCAGAUGAGCUGCCCUACCUGCGCUGCCCCCUCCACACCAUUUUCAAGCUGACGCCUGUUGCCUAUGGCUGCAAAGUGGAGACAAUCACCAUGGAUGUGGAAGCAGUGGACACCCACAGGGACAAGCCCUCCCUGAACUCAAAAAUGGCCACUUUAGGAGUGUAGGAGUUCCUGCUUUCCCCUUGGAUCCAGCUGGGAAUUCCAGCACCAGGAGGAGCACCAGGACUGUGGAGCAUCCCUGGGGCACCACCAGCCCCCCUGGCCAGUACUUGCCUUGAACUGUGAUUUUAGAGCCUGUCUGUGUCUUUUUCUUUCCACAUGCUGCAGUGUCUGUCCAUGGGGCUGCAGAGGAUUUCCUGUGGAGAUUUUUCCAAGCUGCUUUUAAUGCUCCUAAGCCAACACAUCCCCGGGUGUUGAAAUCGUGUCCCACGCCUUUCCUCCUGGCCAGGUGCCAAAAUUAACCACAGUGGGAGGACUAAAUAAUCAUGUUUUCAUCGCUGAGGCAGCUUUUCUUUGGAAAAGGCAUUUCCAGGCCAAAUCCCCCAGGUUUUAUUUCUCCAUUUCUGAGUUAUUUCCAAGUUCAAACUCUUUUAUUUUUUUUUUUCUGGUUUUCAGCCAUCCAGGGAGCUCCAGGUAGGGUUUGACUUUCCCUCCUUGAGUGCUGGUGUGAAUCCCCCAGUUUGAGCCAGUUCCUUUUGGCUUGGAUGUGACACCCAGGUCAGCACAUCCAUCCCAAGGGCUGCCUCCUGUGAGGGACAGAUGGAAUGAGCCCUCCUGCCCCAGUGCUCUAAAUCCCACCUCAAGCUCUAUUUUAGCUCCUCCUCCCUACUUAAACUCCAUCCUCUCCCUCAUUUUUCCUGCAUUUUGGGGCUGUUUUGUCCAUUUACCCCAGAAAAUGGGAGUGUGGCUGGCACCAGCAGAGCUCCAGGGCAGGGUUUGCAGGAAGCACAAGGUUUUUUACCAGUUUUCUUUGUUUUACCCCAAAUUUUAGACCCACAACAAGCUUUUAACUUGCCUAUGAAUAAGCUGUGAAUGUUCCCAAUGCUGCCUUUCAUAGUUUUAAGCUGUUGUAGAGUUUGGAGCACAGCUCUAUGUGGCCAUGUCUUAACUUAAAUCCAUCCCUUAAAUCCCCCCAAACCCCAAAUUUUCACUUCUCUCCCACAAGUCUUGACUUGCAUUUUGCCAAACUCCAUUUUAACUCACUCCAGCUCUUCUUGCAAUAAGGGCAGGACCCUCAGGUUGGGUGAAGAAAGGAACAUUUGGGUCCAGGGCAGGAGGCUGUUCUGGACCUGCUGUUCUCAGCUGACCCCAGGAUUUAUCUGAGCAAUUCUGGGCCCCAGAAAUUGCUUGUUUUAAAUGUGUAAAUAAAUGUUGGAUAUACCCACAGCAGGGAAAAUGUGCCCUGGCUGUGGAGGAGCUCAGCAAGCCCAGAGCUUGAGGCUUAACCUGGGCAUUUUGAGCUCAAACUUGGUUGUUUUAAACACUCCCAGAGUUGUAAUUUGAUAAAACUGAGAUAGAGAGGACCAAGGCACAAAUCUGGACCCCUCAGGAUUUCUGAGGAGCAGAACAAUGUGUUGAUCUGAAGCAGUUGUGCCACAGAGGGGUGAAAUUUGCUGGUGAGAAAUUGAGUUUGUAUUAGUUUUUCUCCUCAGGGUUUUCCCCCUCAGGUCUGGUUUUGGGUUUUAAAUGUUUUUGUGCUUAGAAAUAAACCAGAAAAAAAAAAUUAAAAAAAAAAAAAAAAAAAGAAUGUUGAAGGAAGAUAUUGAGAGCCUGUCCAUGGCAGUCCUGACUGUCACACUCCAGAGUGCUCUGAACGCACAAACCCAUCCUUGUCAGGCUGCUCUGACCAAACCCCUCCUGCUCUGCAAAAAGGAGUGGAAAAUGUACUGUAGGAUGUUUACACACAAAAAUGCUGGGCUAACUUGCUGAAGAGUUCAUGAUGUUCAUAUCACUGAGCAGUAAAUGAUUGUAAGGAGACAAAAAAAAAAAAAAAUCUAUAUUUUUACCUGCUGGGAUUUGUGAAUGUUGAUGUGUUGUUGGUGGUCGUGACUUUUGUUUUUUAAUCACUGCUGAAAAUCUGGUGGUUUGCAGUUCGGGUCAGUGGCUCCUUUUGGGGCUGUGGGGUGGAAUUUCAUCCUUCUCUGCAGUGUUUGUGCCUCAGUGCUUUAAUCAAAAGCUUUUUCCUCCUGCAGCUUAGCCUUGAGAAGGUUUAAAGCAAACAUGUCUGGAGCAGAGCAGAUUUGGGGGCAGAUCAUUGCCCUGAGGGGCUGCAGGGCUGGGGUGAUGCCAGUGGGCACCUCCUGGCAGCUCCCUGUGCCAGGGAUUUCCUUGAAACCACCUGAUUUCUUGGCCCUGGGUGUGCAAACAGCCCAGAACAAACAGGCCUGGCACGAGGAGGUGUUUGAGGUGUUUUUGGUGGAGCAGCUCAGCAGCAGCUCCUGCUGUCAGUGGGGUCAGUGCCAGGGGCUGGGCAGGUGCCAGGUGGGUUUGGAGGUGGGUUUGGAGGUGUGCAUGUGAGCCUGGCACCUUCCUGGGCAUUUCCCCAGGACCGGGAGGUUUUUGUGACCCCCUGACUUUCUGUGCCUCUGUUCAAGCAGCACAGGUGGUGCUGGCUGCUGUCACCUCCAGUGGGACCUGAGUGUCACUGCAAAGAAAAAGAAAAGGAGCACUUGGGCUAAAAAACCUGCUCAGUCUCUGGGAAAAGCUGCAAAAUGGGGGAAAAGAGUUCAAGCCAGCCUGGCUGGCUGAUCUGUGUGCACUGGCUGUGACCUCAGAGCUGUUACCUCUGCCAGGUGUCCCCUUCCCGGUGGGUGACACUUAAACCCAGCCUGGCCUGGCUGCCAAGGAGCACCUGAGGGAGGAGAGGCACCAGCACCAGCCUGGCCAGGGCCACCUGCCCUGGGGGUGUCCCCAAGGCUCACCCUGUGCCCCUCUGAGGGGCUCUGGGUGAGCAGUGCCAGUGCCACCCCCGCUGUCCCCUGCUGUCCCCUUGCUCUGUUUGCACUGCAGCUCUGCCUGGAGUGUUUGGUGAGAGGGAUCUCACCCAGCUGCUGCUGAACUUUCCUGUUCUGCUGCCUUCUAAGUGGUUUUUUUUUAGGUUUAAAAGCUGCAGUGUCUGUCAGCUCGUGCUGUGUGUUGUGUGCUCUGUGCACUUGAGCAUAAAUAUCUGUCAGUGUUUAUUUACAAUAAAGAGACUUUAAAAAGCACAGA